AUGACUACCAAGCUACAGACAGCAAUAGCGGAGCUCAAGGUUGUGGCCCACCGAUUGCGUGACUACGAGCCAACCAAUGAAUCGUGGAAGGAGGCUGAAAAUCUAGCGCUUGAGGUUUGUGACCACGUAGAAACAUUACUUUACUCGGAGGAGGGGAUGAACAGGCUUCGUAAAAGCGAUGCUUUGCAGGAGAUGAAGUACCUCGUACCAGAUGUUGCCCGUGAAGAAAUCGCGGAGCUAAAAGUGUCUGAUUUUGUGCUGGGGAUCAUUUACGAGAAGCCUUUUACGGUUUAUGACCGUAUCUAUCGCAAUUUCAGCGUAGAGUAUGGGAAAGAGCUGUCAAGUGAAGCACGUAAAAGCUCCAGCCUUAUCAAGUCCUCUUACGUGUAUGGAGAGAUCAAUUUUUUUUCGUUUGCCGGAGUCAUUCGAUGGAUAGCUCCCAGUCUGCCAGAAUUUGCCAUUUUUUACGACCUGGGUUCCGGCACUGGUAAGGCAGUUAUUGCAGCGAGUUUGGUGCAUUCAUUUGAUCAGGCCAUCGGAAUCGAGCUGCUCGAGCCGCUUGUACGUUGUGCUGAAAAGCGAAAAAUGGCCUUAGAAAAACUCAAGUCUCCAUUACUCAAGACGGACAUCGACUUUAUCGCAGGCAGUGUACUCACAACCAAUUGGGAAGAUGGCGAUGUUGUAUUUUGUCACGGUACCUGUUUCAGCGAUCAGGAUUGGAUCAAAAUUUCAGUCGCAGCAGAGAAGCUCAAACAGGGCGCGUUUUUCAUCUCCACAACGCACGUGCUUAAGACAGGUCUUUUUGAGGUUGUAAAAAGCGCUAGCUUGACUAUGAGUUGGGGAAGUGCGACCGUCUACAUUCAUCGCCGACGCAAAAUUGGUCGCUGGGCUGCUCAAAUGCUGCGCGGUGGGCGCCCAACACGCACGGAUUUGCUGCAACAGCUGCCAAAUCGCCAUCAAUCAAAUAAUUUGGUGGAACACGCUAGCAGUACGAGUACAAAGACGGGUACAUCAGAAGAAUGA